AUGUCAAAGCAGGAAGAUCUCGCGCGGGAUACCGUUGACCUCUCCGGAGAUCAGGGCAGCCAGCCCAUGACGACCGACUAUGGGAUCAAGGUGGCGGACCCGGACCAUUGGCUUCGCGUGGCCGAUGCAAAGACCACGGGACCUUCGUUGUUGGAGGAUCCAAUUGCUAGAGAGAAGAUCAUGCGCUUCGACCAUGAGCGUAUCCCCGAACGUGUGGUUCAUGCCCGAGGCGCCGGCGCCUUCGGUACCUUCACCCUCCACAAGGCAAUCCCCGAGCUCACCACGGCCGGUGUUCUGACGGACACGUCCCGCGAGACGCCCGUGUUCGUACGGUUUUCGACCGUCCAGGGUAGCAAGGGCAGUGCCGAUACCGUUCGCGACGUCCGAGGGUUCGCCGUUAAGCUGUAUACUUCCGAGGGUAAUUGGGACAUUGUCGGCAACAACAUGCCCGUCUUUUUCAUCCAGGAUGCGAUCAAAUUCCCCGACGUCAUUCAUGCUGUCAAGCCAGAGCCUCAUAACGAAAUUCCUCAGGGCCAGUCAGCCCAUAACAACUUCUGGGACUUCCAAUAUCUUCAUCCAGAGACUACGCAUAUGCAGCAAUGGGUCAUGUCCGAUCGCGCGAUUCCUCGAUCAUACCGUAUGAUGCAGGGAUUCGGUGUCAACACGUUCUGCCUCGUCAACGCACAAGGCCAGCGUCACUAUGUCAAGUUCCAUUUCACUCCGGAGCUUGGUGUUCACUCUCUAGUAUGGGAUGAGGCCUUGAAAAUUGCUGGCCAGGAUCCCGAUUUCCACCGCAAGGAUCUAAUGGACGCUAUCGACGCCGGCCAGUACCCUCGAUGGAAAUUUGGCAUUCAAGUCAUCCCGGAAGAGAAUAUGGACGACUUUGAGUUUGAUAUCCAGGAUGCUACAAAAAUCUGGCCGGAGGAAUUGGUGCCGAUUGAUUAUAUCGGACAGUUGGAAUUGAACCGUAACGUGGACGAAUACUUCACACAGACUGAGCAGGUGGCUUUUUGUACCAGUCAUAUCGUGCCGGGCAUUGAUUUCUCCAAUGACCCCCUUCUCCAGGGCAGAAACUUCUCCUACUUCGAUACUCAGCUCUCUCGAUUGGGCCCGAACUGGGAGGAAUUGCCUAUCAACCGCCCUGUGUGCCCAUACAUGAAUCUGGUCAACAGGGAUGGCGCGAUGAAACACCGUAUCACCAAAGGCAAGGUCAACUACUGGCCCAACCGAUACAGCACCAACCCCCCUGCGGCGCCGGAACAGGGUGGUUUCGCUACCUAUCCGGAGAAGCAACGGGGUGUGAAGACUCGCGGAUUGUCGGACAAGUUUAAAGAACAUUUUAACCAGGCCCAGCUGUUCUACAACUCUCUUUCGCCCAUCGAGAAGCAACAUGUGGCCAAGGCGUUCUCCUUCGAACUUGAUCAUUGCGAUGAAGAGAUUGUGUAUAAGCGCUUGUCCGAACGCUUGGCCGUUGUCGACCUCGAGCUGGCCAAGACUGUGGCAAAGAACGUGGGAGGCGAUACACCCACCAAGGCCGGUAAGCCCAACGAGGGCAAGACGUCUAAGGGACUCAGUCAACUCGAGUAUCUGUCCGAUGAUGCACAGAUCGCGACUCGCCGGGUUGCCAUCCUGAUUGCCGAUGGUUUUGACCACGAGUCGUAUGUCAGGAUGAAGGAGGCUUUGCAGAAGCAGAAUGCGUUUGUCUUUACCAUCGGCACCCAGCGCCAGGGUGUCACGGCUGAGUCCGGUGAGAAGGUGAUUCCUGAUCAUCAUUUCCCCGGCAUGCGAUCGACCCUGUUCGAUGCUGUGUUUGUCCCCGGGGGCAAGCAUAUCGCUGCGUUGACCAAGAACGGCAUAGCCAAGUAUUGGAUCACCGAGUCAUUUGCCCACUUGAAGCCGAUUGCCGGCAUAAAUGAGGCGGUUGAUUUCAUUCGGAAGCAGAUCAACCUGGACGCAGUGCAGCACGCCUCGAGUGGCGAGAUGGUGGAGAGUUACGGUGUGGUCACCGGUCAUGGCUCCCCAGCAGAGCUCCUGCAGGCAUCGUCGAAGAUUAGCAAGGACAGCAAGGGAUUGCUCGACCGGUUUAUUUGGCAGAUCUCACGACACAGGAAUUGGCAGAGAGAGUUGGAUGGCCUGACUGAUGAAGUCGCUGCCUAG